UAGAACAAUCUGAUAGUGAAGAAGUUGGUAAUUCGUUAAGUAGCAAGGUUUACUAUAAAAUUACAAAUAGAAAAAAAAAAGUAAUCAAAGAAUAUAGCAAAAACAAAAAUAUUACAGUUAUUAAAAAAAGAAAUGUUAAACCACAAGGAUAUGAAA